AUGGCUGGUGGUCGAUUUCGCGAGUUGAUGAAGAAAUACGGAAAAGUGGCCAUCGGCGUUCACUUGGGCGUUUCCACGGUUUCCAUUACGGGUAUUUACGUCGCCAUAAAAAACAACGUCGACGUCGAAGCCAUCCUCGAGAAGUUCCACAUGGGCGCCGUAUCCGACCAACAAAACCCUAACCCUACCGAUGACGACACUUCACCGCCAUCCAAGAACCGAACGGCGCAGCUCGUCACCUCUGCCGGCGGGGCCUUCACGCUUGCGAUCCUCUGCAAUAAGGCGCUGUUCCCUGUGCGCGUUCCCAUUACCGUCGCGCUCACUCCCCCGAUCGCGAGGUUUCUGGCACGGAGGAACAUCAUCAAGAGCGGGUUGUAA